CCUCCCUUAAGAACUGUACACUUUCAGCUGUCACCCAGGGUAACUCAGAUCAGGCUUAGAAAUCACUUGACUUAGCAGCAUUUUUUUUUUCUUUGUGUAUGUGUUACUUUAGCAGUCCUCUCUAAAAACUGGAGGCAUUCGAUUUCAUGUCAGCAAAAGGAAUUUAAUAAUGCCAAAACUGUAAUCUGUUAGAAGUAAUUUGUAGAAUUUUACAUUAUCAGGGGGCAUAGUUUCAAUUUGUUUUGAAAUGAAAGAAGAAUUAAGUUGUGUUUUUAGCCAGAUGAAUUGGCAUCUUUAUAUUUAGGAGAAGUAACAUUGGUGAUUAUUUAUGUCAAGAAUCACGACUAGAAAAAUCUUGGAAGUUUAGUAGAGGAGUAUAUGUUGUACAUGCAAAGACAAGAUCUGCAUGUACCUAUGUAGUUCUGGGUAUCUGGUGAAGGCCAUUUUAGGUGACUGGCAAGAGAAGGAGGUGCUCUAGUGAUCCUUGAGUCACAGCCAUACUGCUAGGACCAUGACUACUAUACCAAGAAAAGGCAGCGGCCACCUGCUUGGCAGUUUGCACACCUGUAAGUUGAAGCUGCAGGAGGACCAGCGACAGCAAGAAAAAUCUGUCAUUGCUCAACCAAUAUUUGUUUUUAAAAAGAGAGAACAUACUUUUAAGAGACCUGCAGAAGACACCCGGUAUGAAGCAACAGAACCAGAAUGUAAUGGUUUUUCAAGAAAGCGUGUGCGGUCUUCAUCUUUUACUUUUCAUAUUACAGAUUCUCAGUCCCAGGGAGUGAGGAAAAACAAUGUUUUUAUGACAUCAACUCUUGUGCAAAGUAAUGUUGAUAUAAAGAGUGCAGAAAAAGGUCCUGUGAAACAUUCUGAACGUGUUCUUAGACCUGCUAUUUUGCAGCUACCUCAAGCUCGAAGUUGUGCAAAAGCAAGAAAAACAUUUGGACACAAGGCAUUGGAAUCCUGCAAGACUAAAGAAAAAACAAAAAAUAAGAUUUCUGAGGGAAAUUCUUAUUUGUUAAGUGAAAAUGUAUCAAGUGCCAGAAUUUCAGUCCAGCUGUCUACUAACCAGCACUUUUUAAGUGCAACAUCAGUAGGAUGUCAACCAAACGAAGAUAAAUGUUUUUUAAAAAGCUGCAGUUCCAAUUUUGUUUUUGGAGAAAAUAUGGUAGAAAGAGUUUUGGGUACUCAAAAGCUCACCCAGCCUCAACUUGAAAAUGAUUCAUAUGCUAAGGAAAAACCAUUCAAAUCCACUCCGAAAUUUCCUAUCAACUUUUUAAGUUCAAGAACAGACUCUAUUAAAAAUACUUCCCUAAUUGAAUCAGCUGCUGCAUUCUCUUCUCAACCAUCACAAAAAUGCUUGCUGGAGAAAAUUGAUGUUAUAACCGGAGAGGAAACAGAACAUAAUGUGUUAAAGAUCAACUGCAAGCUUUUCAUAUUCAACAAAACAACACAAUCCUGGAUUGAAAGGGGCAGAGGAACGUUGAGACUGAAUGACACAGCAAGCAGUAACUGUGGAACAUUACAGUCAAGACUAAUUAUGCGCAAUCAAGGCAGUCUAAGGCUGAUCCUCAAUAGCAAACUCUGGGCCCAAAUGAAGAUUCAAAGAGCAAACCACAAAAAUGUACGAAUAACAGCUACUGAUUUAGAAGACUAUACCAUCAAAGUAUUUUUAAUUCAGGCCAGUGUCAAAGAUAUAGCAUAUUUGUAUGCAGCAAUACAUCAUCGUCUUGUUGCCCUUCAAAGCUUCAAUAAGCAGAAAGACGUCAAUCAAGCUGAAAGCCUGUCAGAAACAGUCCAACAAUUGAACUGCGAAAGCUGUGAUGAGAAUGAGGAUGAUUUUAUCAAAGUCACUAAAAACAGAUUAGAUCCUUCUAGGUGGACUCACAGACAGUCGGUUGCCUGUUCAUGAAUACUACCUACUAUAAAUAUGACAUCUACAAAGAGGGGUCACCCUACUAAAAAUACUAAACCACCCUAACGAAUCAGAAGAUUCUAUUCAUUCCUUGAAGAGUUUUUACAGAAAACCUUAAGAAAUGUAAUUUGUUGCAAUUAACAUUUUUCUCUUAUGUUUUACAUUUUACAUUUUGAUUGUUAUGCAGAAACUGACAGAAUUUUAAAAAAUUAAUGGACUUCAGAAGUUCAAAAUUUAUCAUUUUUGAAGAAGUUAGAGUAGGAUUUUAUAACUAAUUUGGACUUUUCAUCACAUUGGUGGAUAUAAUAGUUGGAAUUAUAAAUUGCUAGAUUUGAUAAAUAUCUAACAAAAUGUUUAUUUUUUUUCAGUCACACAUUGGCCAUAAAACAAAUACUUUACUAAAUUUCCAGAGUAAUUUCUUUGAAAAAUAAUAUAAUUGCAUGAUAACAUUUCACUAAAUCCUAUUUAUCUUCAGGGAAAUGUGUAUUUUAAUUUAGAUUUUGGAUUUUCUAAUAUGAUAAGCUUAUAUAUUCAUGGUAUGAAUUCCCUUAAAAAGAGCAUCUGCUCUUGGACUUUUAUCUGUUGCAUCUUGUAAAUGCUUGACUCAUGGUCAGCAUCCAAUAGUUGUUAAAUGAAUAAAUAAAAUAUAAUACAUUACUUAUGUAUCAAAAAGCAUGUAUAAAAAUGCCAAAAUGUUAACUUGUUCUACUUUGUUUUAUGUAAUUGUAUUUUCAUUAAUAUUUUAGUAGGUGUGGCUGUAUAUAGAGAAAAACAAACGCAUCAUAUAUAGCCAAAUGAAUCUUUUUCUCAGUUGCUAUUAUUAUAAUAGGCCACAGUAAUUUCAACAAUUUUGCAAGAGUUUUGAUGCUCUUCUUUGAGAUUUGUUUCAGAGACACUUCAUGAAUCACAUAAGAAAAUCAGUCUCAGUACUUAUAGCCCUAUUUCAUUUUUCAAUCUAGUUUUAUAACACCAUGGCUUCAAUGAGACUUUUGAUUGUGACCCCUAAACAAUUCUCUGAUUAGGGGAUAAAAACUCCUAAUUCUAAAAUGUUUCUGAAAAUGUUCUCAACAAUGAUGACAUAUUUGGAAUAAGGGUACAAUUUCACUAAGUGCUAUUUCAAAGAAUAUUCAUUUGGAUAUAUGAAUAUACAUUUUUAAAAGAUAUAUUACUGUAUUACUAUACCUGUUAUAAAAUAAUAAAGAUAUAUAAGUAUUUAAGUCAAAUCUCAGCUAGUGCCUGAAAAUUUAGUAUAGCAUAUGAAAGUUGAAUUAACUCUUUUAGAUUAUAAUUUAGUUAGUAUGCUAAUUGUUCAACAUUUUGCUCCUUCCUUGUAACUGAGAAGGUGUAACUUAUUAUAAGUUAAUUACUAGAGGCCCAUUCAUGCUUCCAGUGAUUCUAGGAGAAAUACGGCACAUAAUAUCCCUUACUUCUAAAUAAAGGAGUCAAUGACCCAGGAAAUAAAGAGAAAAAAACUUAAUGUGAGAUGAAGAACAGAUAGAAAGAGGGCAAAAAAGAGCUUUAGUAUGAAAGGAAGGACAAAAAGAAUGGACAACAGAAAUUCCCUUUUUUAAAAUCCAGAAGAGUGACUCUGAUGCAGAACACACUCAGUGGAAAAUUUUCAUUAGAAACAUAACACAGAGAGACAUUUGGAGAAGAUAAUAAAGUACUGGUUCUCUUUUAUUAUAAGAUCUUAGCUGAUGUGGGAACAUUAUGAUUGCACUAUAAAUUGCUAAAGAAGAGAACAAAUAACUUUUUUUGUUCUUUCUUUUUUUCAUUUUUUUAGAGUCUCGCUUUGUCACCCAGGUUGGAGUGCAGUGGCACAAUCUUGGCUCACUUCAACCUCUGCCUCCUGAGUUCAAGGGAUUCUCCUGCCUCACUCAGCCUCCUGAGUAGCUGGGAUUACAGGCACCCACCAUCAAAGCCCAGCUAAUUUUUAUAUUUUUAGUAGAGACAGGGUUUCACCAUGCUGACAGGGCUGGACUUGAACUCUUGAUCUCAAGUGAUCCACUUGCCUUGGCCUCCCUAAAGUUCUGGGAUUACAGGUGUGAACCACUGUACCUGAUCAUCUUUAUCCUUUUGACAUGUUCCUUGUCCCCACACUAAGGUGGAGAGAAAACAAUAUCUUCUCAAUGCUUGAAACAUUUUUAAGUUGAAUUCAUUCUAUGAUUUUCUUUAGAUUUCUCGGCAUAUAUCAAUGAAAAAAAUUCACAUUCACUACCUUAGUUUCUGAUCUAUAAAGAAAUGCCAGUGCAACAAAAUCAAAUGUAGGGUUAGAAAAUCAGGAAAGCAAAGAGAGAAGUGAAAAUUCCCAGAUUAUGAAAUGGAAAGGAACAGAAACGAAAUUGAAACUCACAACUCUUUCAACCAUUUUCUAUACACUUUGUUGUUCUUUCAAUUCUUUUGCAAAUAUUUAGUACGAUUUUGGAGGAAUAGUAGAAAUAGAAACAUUUUAUAGUUUUUCUUUGUCCUGUAUCUUCAUCUAGCCUUCUUCUUUUUAGCUUUCCUGUAUCCUUUGUUCCCCUUUUAUGAUGAGAGAUUAGUUGUACAAUAACAUCCAUCACAAGUUAUUUAGGUGUAUUUCAAAGUAUACAUUUUGUAUUUCCAAAGCAGCUUUUUUAAAUUAAAAUUUACUUAACUAA